CCUCUUCCCCCCUCCUUUUCUCCCUUCCCACCAUGCGCCCGCAGAGGGGGAUAGGAGAGCCAAAAAGACCCAACAAUGCAUACUACGAGUACUUGCUGGCCCAUCAAGUCAUCGAACGAUAUCCAAGUGGGGCCACGCGACACAAGCCUUCCUCCCUCAUCCAUCCGUCAGUUCCUGCUCUCCUGUUGCUCAGGGGCUGUGUGCGAGCACCUGCUCCGUCACCCUGCACUGCAGCGUCUGUUCCUGGACUCGCUCCACGAGAUGGUCGAUGGCGGCGUGGUGCACAUCAAUGAGGUGACCAAGGCAUUCGAUUUGGUCGAGGACAUCAACAAAAGACAGCGAUACAACUUCGUCUACAUGCCCGAAGCAACCGUCAUGCCUAGAGUGUCAUACCCCCCGCCCCCUUCGGCUGCCGUCUACCCCGCAACACAGACCCGUCCCGUUGCUCUCGACCUCCCUGAGGAUUGGUUCACUGUCGAGCAGCAGCGGCCACUCGCCGGCCACACACAAGAGCCCGACUACUUUGCGGUGACCGGGACAGCAGAUGGUGUCGCCCCCCGGCCGCCACCGACUCACACAACAAUUGUCACGGGCGGCCUCGCCAGCCACCCCACUGGGGCCAGCCUCGAUUGGCAGCAGAUCCACUCCGUGCCCUUCCGUGAGUCGACAGGGAUGACAACCAGCCCACCGAACAAGCGCUUCCACAUCCCCGAGAGUUCCGUCCUCCACAGCCCUCCCCCAUUCACGCGGCCGGACAUCCCUCGGAAGUGGGGCCACUGGGAGCCGGCACCCACCAUUCCCCUACAGCAAGACGAAGACGCAGGGGCCGACGAGGGAGGCUAUGGCGUCAGCCGCUUUGCACCCGUCCAGCCGCUGCAUCCUACCGAUCCAUAUCAUUCUGCGCUGAAGGUGGGGCUGCAGGGGCGGGGUGGUGUUGGGGAGACGGGCAGGGAGAGGAGGGGGGUGAGGGAGGGUGGGGUGAUCUGGGCAGGGGAUGACGUGCAGACAAGGUAUCGGGGCGCCGAAUACGUCAGCGUCCUCCAGGAAAGGCAGCUGCGGCUGUACAAGAUGCCAGCACCUAGUGAAAGGCAGAAAUCAGCAUGAAUCGGUGGCUGUUGGGGGGCUGGCAUGUGUGUGUGCGUCCACUUCUUGCCUGAUUAAGUAGUGGUCUGGGUAUGCAGCGUCUGCAUAUCAUUGGAAAGUGCUUGGCCUGCGAAGACGCCUUUGCUGAUCCAUAGUUUCUCACGUCAUUUUCGAAAGACCAUUGUCACGGCACCCACGCAGCGUCCACGAACAGCAGUCUCGUUCAACCGAAAAAC